AAAAUAACUCUUAAAGGUAAAAUAUUUUUUGUUUUAAAAUUCUUGUCUCCUGAAAAUUUUACCUUCUGGACAAAAUAGUCAUUCAUUGACACAAACCGGUUUCAGGCAAAAAUAACAAAGGUCGGUUUUUCUCAUUCUUGUACCGUCGUUCGGGGUGAAGUCAAACGAUUUUUUCAGUUUUAUUAUGUAGUCUCCGUGUCUCCUUUGUCGGAUUCAAUAAUAAAACAAAUUACAUUUUCGUUCCUCGGUAAUUUUUUUUAGAUAAGGAUGUCCGCCUUCACUCUUAUGUGUGUGGUCUUAGCACCAAGUAAGAGGCGCAUUCUUAUUCUUAUUAAGUUUCUCUCCUUCCAGCAAAAUUAGGCACUGUCCGCGAUGUUUUUUCGUUUUUAUUUCUUUUUCAUUCGCGUGUAAGGUGGAUUUUGAAAUUUUAUAAUUUUCUGCAGCUUCUCCGCAGUCUUAAACUGCCUUGGGUGGCCUAGAGACGUUUUGGUCAUUGAAGAUUUCAAAGUUAAACCGAUUUUAGUUUUAUACUGCCUAACCAUGGUGUCCGCCUUCACCUCUAUAAAAUAACUUUUUUUUACUAAAACGCAAUUAUUUAAGACAAAAAAAUAUUUUUAAAUGAAAUUGCCAUGGGUUUACUAAUAAUAGAGCACAUCAGAAAAAAUAAGUAAUUCGGAUUUUUAUUUUUAGGAUUCUCUUGUGUGCAACAGACUUUUAUAGCGUUCCAAUUCCAGAAACAAAAUGAAAUUCAUAAAAUUCUCACCUUGUUUCGCUCCGAAUUUAUCCAGCGAAAAUGUAUACUACUAAUGACUCUAAGAACUUUUUUACGUGGUAGAUCAAAUGAUUUUGACGAAUUAUUAGAUAAAAAGUCACAAUAACGGUCUGUCCGAGUUCGCCCCUACAGUUCGACUUCACCCCGAAUGACCGUCACCAUAUUUUAAUCAAUAGAACUAAUAGAUUUAUAUGCUUAACUCAAAAAUUAAUUUAAAAAAUAGGCGUUUCUAUUUUGAACUAAUAAGCUGAAGGCCGUGAGUAAAUUUUGUGCCAUCGUCCGCUCCAACGUCUCAUAAAAAAUUAUUUAGAGAUCAUUUUUUUUAACAACAAAUGGGAAUGGACAAACAGUUACUAAUAUUUUAAUGAAUAAUAAGUUAUUAUUAAUUAAAAACAGUACUCAUAAAGUGUACAAAGCCAUUAAAAAAAGUUAUAGUACGAUUUUUUGAAGCAAAACUAAAUUAAUUAUAGAAAAUUUAAAAAAUGCAAAAAUUAUCGGGUUUUGGCGUUUCUUGAGUCAACAAAUCAACGGAUUUUAAUUUAGUUAGUCUUAUAUUGUAGGUAUUUUUAAUACUUAAAAAAAGUGUUAAACUUUUUGCAAUAGCAUCACCGGUUUAAAACUUAUGCUCAAAAAACGGUUUUUCGCACUUUCUUUAAUUAUUUAAACAAUGUUACAUAGGCCGAAAUUGCGAGCAGACUAUUGUCCCAAUAUUCGAACAUCCUUCUGAACAACUUCCAAUAAUCUUUUACCUUCAUCUAUUUAGUACCUGAAACAGGCCUUUUAAAGUCUAAUCUGACUGGACUAAUAAUUAAUUACACCAUAGUGUACAUAUAUGGUUCUUAGUUUUAUCAAAAAUUACUAUUAUUAUAUAUAAUAAUGCCUAACUAGUUGACUUUCAAAUUUGCGAACUCGUUUCAAAACCACAUUUAUGCGCAUUUGCAAAAAACUCUGAAUUAGUAGGUCGCAAAAAUUGAUUAGAAUGUAGAUUACUUCCGAUCAUGAUUAAGAAGAAGUACGCACUUGCUUGUUUCACUUGCAUUUCAGUGCACCAGAGUAGGUCAAAUCCUAGUGGCUAAUGCAGUUCUUGUUUAGUUGGUGCACCGGAAAUGAAUAUCGCAACCAUUUAUUAUCCUGGCGAUAAAUAUUAAACCAAACAAGAUGAAGCAAUUGUAUUUGAUUUUGGGGAUAAUUGGAGGUCUCUUCUUGRGCCAAGUGGGAGCCCAACUAGGAGCUCUUUUUGACCUUAGGUAUUGGAGAUGUGUACUAAAGAAGACUCAUUCUUGCCCUGACAAUGAUAUUAAAUAUUACCUCUAUACCCCAGAGAGUGGCCGAAACAGAAUUAGGAUUGAUAUCAGGAACCGACUGUCCCUAAAAUUGUCCGGAUUUGACCCCGAGAAGCAAAAUGUCUUUAUUGUACAUGGAUUCAAUGGAACGGAAAGUAAGACGCCCAUGACCAUUUUGAGAAAUGCUUACUUGUACAGAUCAGACUACAACAUUUUCACGAUUGACUGGAAGGAUCUCACCAGCUUUCCAUGUUAUUUAUCGUCAUUGUCCAAUACGCAAGUAGUUUCUCAAUGUGCUGCCAAGUUGUAUGCAUUCGUAAUGGAUCACGGAGGAAAGGCGGAAAAAACAACUUGCGUUGGGCAUUCUCUAGGAGCUCAUAUUUGCGGCAUGAUUAGCAACCACUUGAGUAUUAAACAGCAUAAGAUUGUAGGCCUAGAUCCUGCGAGACCUCUUAUAGACCAAUACGCGCAAAAAUACUUCAGAUUGACUAAAGAUGAUGCUUAUCACGUGCAAAUCAUUCACACGAAUUCGGGAAUGUUGGGAGAAAUCAAUCAAGUGGGUCACAUUGAUUUUUGCGUCAACGGGGGAAUGAUGCAGCCUGGUUGCAAAGGAAAUGCUCUACGAGUUGCCCGUUGCAGUCACUUCCAAUCAGCGUGUUAUUUUGCAAAAUCUGUGAAAUACCCAGACUCUAUUAUCGGAAGACCGUGCAAAGCUACUUGUCCGAAAAGAGGUCGUGAUUGGGGCUUUUUUCCCGGUAAUUCUAUUCCAAUGGGUCUGGCUACACCGUAUGGGGUUUAUGGCACUUACUGCGUCAGCACCGAUACGAAGAAAGACUGUCCUUUCGAUUAAAAUCCUUAAAAACAUUUCAUAUUUGAAAUUAAUUCGCUAAACUACAGAAAGAACAACUAUUAAACUAAAGAACAAUACAGAAAACUAUUUGCCAUGGGAAAAAGCUUUUUUUGGAAAAGCAACUGACUUUCGCACUAAGUUGCAUUUAAAAAAAUCAAUACUAGAGAGAAAACGGUCACCAUAAGUUACAGUAGGUAAUAAAUUGUACUGUGUUACGCAAAAACAUGUAUGCAGAUGUGAUGAGAGAAAAUCUAUGUUAGCAGCUGGUAGAAUGAUAAAAUAAAGGGAUUUUGCUCCAAUAAAUCUAGAUUCGUAAAAA